GGAGAGUGAUUAAUUGAUAUUUUUGUUUACAGUUCGCCAAAAUGGUGAAGAUAAUGAAAUCAGGAAAAGUCGUGCUGGUCCUCAGUGGCCGGUACGCAGGACGAAAAGCUAUUGUAAUUAGAAAUUACGAUGAUGGAACAACAGAGAGACAAUAUGGACAUGCACUUGUAGCUGGAAUCGAUCGUUAUCCACGAAAGGUUCACAAACGCAUGGGAAAGGCGAAGAUCCACAAGAGGUCCAAGAUAAAGCCUUUUGUCAGAAUUCUCAAUUACAAUCACUUGAUGCCAACGAGAUACACCGUGGAUUUACCUCUGGACAAUAAGGUAGCCCCAAAAGACCUGAAAGACCCCAUGAAGAGGAAGAAGGUUCGAUUCCAGACUCGUGUUAAAUUCGAAGAGAGGUACAAACUGGGCAAGAACAAAUGGUUCUUCCAGAAGCUCCGUUUCUAAUUGAUUUUAAAUAAAAAAGCUAAUUAAAACACGA